CGCUUCACCAGUUGCAACCUUGUUGUCCUAUUUUGAGUCAAACCCAAAAACAGAGCUCUGCUGCCACCACCCACUUACAACCCACGCGCCGGCUUCACUCUGUCGCAACUAGUAACAGGAAAAAGCAACCACCCACAACCAACGAGAUCAUGCCACGUGUCGCAUAACCCACAACGUCGUUGCACGAUGCUGUUUCGCUGUUCCCUUCUUCCCCUCUCGCAAACCAAACAACACGAAAACUGUCAUCCCAUUCUUUCUCUCUUCCCCAGGAUGUCCAACAACGAACCCCAACUUUCUCUCUCUAAUUCCGUCUCUCUCUCCUCCAUCGAAAAAACAAAAAAAACAAAGAAGCCGAACACAUUGAUGAAUUAUUAAGUCUCUGAAUUCUCAUAUCAACAACCUUUUCUUCUUUUCAGAGAUUCGCCUUUCAAUUCCGAUAAUAAGAAAAAAGAAAAAGAGCAUCGGAUCUGACUUGAUCAACUCUGGGUUGUAAUUUGUAAGCAGUUAUCGGUAUUAGAGAGUAAUACUAAUACUAAUACUAAUACGUAUACGUAUUUUCAUACGAUAGCCGUAGAUGUCUUCGCAUUGGUGUUACAGGUGCAAUAAAUUUGUGAGGGUAUGGAGGCAGGACAUUGUGAUAUGUCCAGAUUGCGAUAGCGGUUUCGUCGAAGAGGUAGAUCCUAACACACGCACCGUUUACGCCGAUGGCAACCGCAGCCGACGGUUGCCGGCGGCAGCGAUGUACAUGAUAGGCCACCAUCAACGUCACCAGCGUCAUAAUUCCAUUGAAAAUAACGCCGUCGCCACCACUACAAACGAUAAUAGCAAUAAUAAUAACAACAACAAUGUCGGCUUGUCGCGGCAAAAUCAACGGCGACACUGCCGGAACACCAAUGGCGGUGGCGGAGGAACAGGCGGUGACAGGUCGCCGAUCAAUCCGGUCAUUAUGCUCCGGGGCGGCGAGCAAUCCGAGGGAACCAGCAGACGCAGGGGGUUCGAGCUUUUCUAUGACGACGGCGCCGGUGCCGGUCUCCGCCCCUUGCCGCCGAGCAUGUCGGAAUUUCUCCUCGGAACAGGCUUCGAUAGGGUUUUGGAGCAGUUCUCACAUUUCGAAAGGCACGAGCGACACCUUCACCACCACAACCAGCAGCCUCCUCCGGCGUCAAAAUCCGCCGUAGAAGGCUUGCCGGAGGUGGAGAUCACCGAGAACAACCUCGCGGCAGAGCCACAUUGCGCAGUUUGCAAGGAAGCCUUCGAGAUCGGAACAAAAGCUAAAGAAAUGCCGUGCAAGCACAUAUACCACUCGGACUGCAUCUUGCCGUGGCUCGCCCUUCGAAACUCCUGCCCGGUUUGCCGCCACGAGUUACCCACAGAACAAAACAAUAACGGUCACGUGCAGAACGCGGCCACCAACGACAGCGCACGUGCCGAUCAAGAAGACAACAAUAACAACAACAAUAACAAUGAUAACGGCAAUAAUAACAAUGUGGGGCUAACAAUAUGGCGGUUACCGGGUGGCGGUUUUGCGGUUGGGAGGUUAACCGGUGCAGGAAGAGGAGGAUCAGAGAGGGAGAAUCUUCUUCCUGCUGUGUACACAGAAAUGGAUGGAGGAGGGUUUGAUAGUAAUAACAACAAUAAUAAUAAUGGUGGCGGUGGUGGUGGUGAGAGGAGGAGGGUUUCUUGGGCGGUUUCAACUACUUCAAGAGAGAGAGAAAGUGGUGGUGGGUUGAGGAGAAUGAUGAAUAGUUUCUUUGGUUGCUUCAGACGUGGUAAUCAUGGUGCUCUUCAUCAUCAUCAUUCUUUUCCUUCUUCUUCUCGGAAUGGUGAUUAUCCUAGGCAGUAUUCAUCAUCAUCACCUUCAAAUAGAAAUAGAACUAUGACAAAUAAUGGCACGGCACCUUCCGCUGUCAAUUUCGAUUUGGAUCACUCUCCAUUGCGUCAACGCAGGACUUGGUCUAUGGAUGUAAACAGUGGUGGUUCUAGAGCAUGGUGAUGUUGAUCCAUGGACCAUGAUGAUCAAGAUUUUGAAGGAUGCAUGAAUCAACUUUGCUUAUUGUGGGAAGACGAAGAUUUUAAGAUUGGUGAAUUGAGUGCUGCUAUACAAUUGAAGAAGCAGCUAAUAUUACAAGAGGAAGGGAUGCAAGGGCAAGAGAGCAUAAGUUCUUUUUCAUGCUAGCUAGUUUAAUGAUGAUCAUGAUGGACUCAAACAGCUUCUACAUAUUGAUAAUAUAUCUUUCUUUUUCUUUUUCUUUUUUUUUCAUGUGUAAAGUUUGUUGAUUAGCUUCAUCAGUCUUAUUGUCUUUCAAGUUAGUGACGUUUAUUGUCAUUGUAUUUCUGAAGGAAAACCCUUAUUAUAAGUUCAAAUGAUCAAUUGCAUAGUUAGCUAGCUAGCAGCUUACUGCCA